AUGAAUAAACACGAAGAAGUUGAGAAUGAAGAAGAGUGGGAGUUGGUGUCGUAAGUUUGUUUUACUUUUGACUUUGUUAUUUAGGAAUUAAAGACGGUAAUUUAAAGCUUCUGCAUAAAUUCAUUGACAAAAAUUGCUUAGUUGAACAGAAUUAAUUACUUGUUUUUCAUCGUUAACAUCUAAACAAAAUAAUUUUAGACACGAUGCGGUAAAGACCUCUAUGUUUGCGGCGGCUUUUGCUGUAGCUUGUACAGCUGCUUAUUAUUCUCUUCAUGUAGCCUUAUUCUGGAUGGGAGGACCUAUCUGGGUUCACGGAGCUUUGUGGUGGACUUUAUGGGGAAGGCCAGUCCAAGGUCUGAGAUCUCUGUUCUACUCUCUCCGAUGGAGAUUGGCUAGACUAGUCUGGAGAACUGCUUCUCAACGUCAGGUCAGACAAUAA